GUAUUCAAUAGUGGUGAAGAUGCGAGACUGGCUGUGGAGGCAGGAGUAGACGCCAUCUGGGUGAGCAACCACGGAGGCCGACAGCUGGACACAGUGCCAGCCACAAUCGAGAUGUUGCCGGACAUAGUGCGGGCAGUUAGGAGUGCAGUCGCUAAGAAGAAAGGGGGUGCUGGUUCAUCGGGAGUGGAAGUGUUUGUGGACGGGGGAGUGCGCACUGGCACAGAUGUGCUCAAGGCACUAGCACUGGGUGCCAAUGCUGUAUUCAUAGGACGGCCAGUGUUGUGGGGACUCGCUUGUGGGGGCGAAGAGGGAGUAUCAAGGGUGCUUGAGAUCCUAAAUGAGGAAUUGAGAUUGUCCAUGGCCCUGUCUGGAUGCAGGACACUCAGUGACGUCACAAAAGACCUAGUCAGACACCAGAGCUCAUUCUCUAACCUAUAGAACAGAGAGAGGACUGGACCAGAAAAAUAAGAAACUAACCACCCAGAGUAAAGUGGAGAAAAUAAAAACCGACAAUCAAAACAGCUGGACUUGCGAUAUGGCAUCAUCUUGAUAUUAGUUUUGUAUAGUGAACGAUCGGAUCAUUUUCAUUAUUAGGGUCUGCGUUGUCUCGUCAAAAUAAUAUAUUAUCGCUUUGAAAA